CCCGCCCCCGAGGCGCCUGACGUUGAAGCCUCUUCUCGUCUUCAGUCCCGCUGGUCUCCAUUUUCUUUCCCCGCUGCUGAGGAGCAAAGGAAAAAAGACUCGGAAAAAUGAAUGAAGAAUACGACGUGAUCGUCCUGGGCACCGGGCUCACGGAAUGCAUUUUAUCAGGCAUCAUGUCUGUGAAGGGGAAGAAGGUCCUGCACAUGGACCGCAACUCCUACUAUGGAGCUGAGAGCGCAUCCAUCACACCACUUGAAGAUCUCUACAAGCGCUUCAAGCUUCCUGGCAACCCACCUGAAUCAAUGGGGAAAUCUCGGGACUGGAAUGUAGACCUCAUCCCUAAAUUCCUAAUGGCCAAUGGUCAGUUGGUCCGCAUGCUGCUGAUCACACAGGUGACUCGCUACCUGGAAUUCAAAGUGAUUGAGGGCAGCUAUGUGUACAAGGGGGGAAAAAUCCAUAAAGUCCCCUCUACUGAGGGUGAGGCCCUGUCAUCAAGUCUAAUGGGGUUGUUUGUGAAACGGCGCUUCAGAAAAUUCCUGAUGUUCGUCAACAAUUUUGACGAGAAGGACCCCAAAACCAUGGAGGGCAUUGACCCCAACAAGACAACAAUGAUGGCCAUUUUCCAAAAGUUCGACCUUGGCCAGGAAGUGAUUGACUUCACCGGCCACUCCCUCGCCCUCUACCGCACAGAUGAUUACCUGGAACAACCGUGCAUCAACACGAUAAACAGGAUAAAGCUUUACAGCGAGUCCCUGGCCAGAUAUGGCAAGAGCCCAUACCUCUACCCACUGUAUGGUCUCGGAGAACUGCCACAAGGCUUUGCCAGGCUGAGUGCCAUCUAUGGAGGGACAUACAUGUUGAACAAGCCCAUUGAAGAGAUUGUGGUGGAAAACGGAAAGGUGGUGGGAGUCAAGUCUGAGGGGGAGAUCGCCAGGUGCAAACAGCUGAUCUGUGACCCCAGUUACAUCAUGGAUCGUACCAAAAAAGUGGGUCAGGUGAUCAGAGCCAUCUGCAUUUUGAAUCACACCAUCAGCAACACCGGCGACAUCAACUCCUGCCAGAUCAUUAUCCCCCAGAAUCAGGUCAACAGGAAGCACGACAUCUACGUUUGUAUGGUCUCCUUUGCUCACAACGUGGCAGCAAGUGGUAAAUAUAUCGCCAUCAUCAGCACUACAGUGGAGUCGGCUGAUCCCGAGAAAGAGAUCAAGCCGGCCCUGGACCUACUGGAGCCCAUCGAGCAGAAGUUUGUCAGCAUUAGUGACCUGUAUGACCCAACUGACUUGGGCAAUGACAGCCAGAUUUUCAUCUCCCGUUCAUAUGAUGCCACGACUCACUUUGAGACCACCUGUGAUGACAUCAAGGACAUCUACCGGAGGAUGACUGGCUCAGAAUUUGACUUUGCCGAGAUGGAGCGCAAGAAGCAGGACAUCUUCGGCGAUGCGGCAGAGUAGAGGCGAGGCGUCCGCAACACUUCUGAUCAUCAAAGACAACGCUGCCGACAACGCAAAUCUUACAAAGCAUAGAAAACGUACUCAUAAAUGUACACAUCAAUGGGCUGGCUGAUUAUCAAAGUACACGGUUUGCCCAUUGAGGAAAUUCAUGAUAUAUAGAGAGAUAUGAUAUAGUAUUGUUGGAUAGGGUUCAGGAGAUAUGCUUUGUCAAAUCACAUUAAGAUGGAGGUUUUAACUCAACGCUAUGUUUCUACUGCUUCAUCACGUUAAUGGAUAGUCCAAAGAUGCCAAAUAAAGAAAUCAUUCAUAAUCACACAGUGGGUGUGGAGGGCAAUCUGAUUUUUCUGUCAUUUUAUAAAAAAGGUGUUUGGAAGAUUUACAAAAUCUGCUCAUAAGUUAUUUUUUUCUCUGCAGGCAUUUUUGCUUAGGGUGUGAGAAAAGUGGCUUGGUUUUGUGCGUCUGAAUAAAAUCUCGUGGUGUGGUGACGUGCCCAUCAACAGCAGCCAACGUAAAUAGAUUGUCACAUGUAGUCGUAUCUCUAGCAAAGUAAAACCGUAAACCAAGCCACGAGGUGAUGUCGUCCAGCAUAAACUACCUGAACCUGCUUUCAACAGUCAGUUAAUAUAACGCAUAAGUGGAGAUGUAUUAGUUCUUGUAUUAUGCAAAAAGAUGGAAUCCCGGAGCAUUGACAGCCGAUUGCUGGGAAUUGUGGUUAACUGUAAUUUGCUUAAGAAGGACCAAAUGUGUACUGCAGCAGUAUUCAAUUGAUGAGAGGCCUGUGACAUCUUGUCAUCUGGUUUUAAAUAAAACAUCUUGGGCUCAAAUGAUUUCUGUACUGCAAAGUAAAAAAAAAAAACUUUGUCAAAAA